AUGUCUCCUGAUGAGUCAAAGCCGCACCACGUCUCGCUGACUGCGGCUCGCUGUCGGGUGUCGCGUCGUUUGGGCACGGUCUGGAAUCCAGCUUUGGAGCCGCUGGACGGCCCUUCAAACUCUUCUUCGCAAAGGCCGUCGGCAACUUUUACCCUCACCAGAUCAAUGGCAAAGUCUCGCUCAUUGUGGAAACAAAAGCAGCGGACCAAGAGCUCCGAAAACUAUGACCCAUCCAAUGUCCCCGUUCCUCCAUCGAAAGUUAGAAAACCCAGCAAUAGCCCCGCUGUCCAUCCAUAUAUCAACGAGGAUGCCGAUUGUGUCAAACGUUUUGACGCUGCCGGCUCGUCGACAACGGAGUUUUGGAAGGUGGACAUUCGGCUUACGCUUUUAUGGUGUUUGGCAUUCGAAGCAUGCCCCAACCAACUUCGAGCUGCUGUCGAUCUCUGGGUGUCCAUCAUUUCCGGCACUUGCGAGCGUGUAGAUUGGGGGAUAUGGGAGACAGGGGAUGAACAGUGGCUUCGCAAGAUGCUGCUUGAAACGGAGAAUCCCACAACCGAUCGAUUCUGCUUACGUGCUUCAUUGCUCUCGCCUGCCGAUUGGGGUCGCGCUAGGACAGCUCUCCAACGACGGACUACCACACAUCCUGGACCGUUAGCAGGCUGGUCAACUCGUCAACGAGUGCUGCGCGUCGCCUGGUGUACUGUAACGGCAAACUCUGGGCAUAUUGGGCAGGAAUAUCCCGCUCUUGUGCGAUACAUCGAUGCUUGGGCCCAUUUUACAUGCCCAUUCCGUCUGUCGAACGAUCUAGAUGGGAAGCUCCGCCUGCAUAAUCGAACCAACUGCUUUUUUUCGUCUUGCAAAGUCGGAGUUUGGCAGUGGUUCAAAGCUGCUGUCCUCGACUAUAACGAGGGACAAGUCGAAGCUGCCAUAGGCUGUUGCGCCAGAUGUGUCUCACGUGCUUUACCCGCAUUGGAGAGUACCCCUGCUGCUAGCCCCAUUAAUCGACCUUCUGUUUGGCCAGUAGUCCUUUGGGUCGUAUUCCAAAUCCAGGCCAAUGGACAAAACACAAUCGAUGACUUUUUGGAACUUCUCUCUCCUCAGCUGAAUCGCCGCAGAGCCGUUUAUAACGGGGUGAGCUCGGACUCAGCGACAGCGGGCAUGUGGACAUGGGAUAUUCAAGAUGAAGGUUAUCUACGGAAUGCUCUCCUCCCAUUUUCGUCCCAUGGUUGGAUGGAAAAAUACCCGACAUCAUGGCGGAAAUACCUCGAGAUGCUUGAUGAGCAAGGUUGGGAUACCAUUGAGGCUGCCACAUUUCGCUCUUCUCGCGACCGACCGGCUGGUCUUGAUGCUCCCGCUGAAACUACAACACGCAUUGGCACACUUGCUUUAUGGGCGAGUUCCGCUUUUCAUUCUGCGCCGAAGUCUCCCAUUACCAUUACUCUCGAUUCUGCCGCUCUACUGGACUUGGCUCAAUUUCUUCCAAGCGACUCUCUCUCGAACGGCACCGGGUUCAUUCGCUUCCUCAUCGAAAAUCCUCGUCGGAAGCGCAAGAAAACCAAGUCUAUUCAGUACGAUAUGAAUUUGAGUACUGCAACAGUGGACUGGCACUUGCCACACGAAUGGCUGGCACACAAUCGAGAGCAACUACGGACAGCACUUGUCACUGACGUCGCUGAGGGGCUGUCGCUGUUAAGAUUGGUGGAGAGUGUGUACUGGGUGUGGCGGAUCCCCGCUGCGUUACCUCUGCGCUUCAUAAUGUCUGUUUAUGCCAAACUGGUUAAACAGGGUGAUGAAGACGCGUUGAAUCAGCUCAGAAUUUGUUUACAUGACUGGCAAAAUUGGGGGCCGCUUGCUUCUUUGGUCAACUUCAAGGUUGCCCUGUCGACGGUCAUCGGCCUUGCAAACGACAUCGAGCGCGAUGUUUUACCGACACGUCUUAUCAACGUGUUCAUCCAUACUGAUAUUCUCACAAACGGAGAGGAAGCCCAGAAACUUCUUGACCUCAUCCAAGAUUUACUCGACUACCCUCUGCUCCAUGAUCGUGUCCGGCCUGUCAUUCUGAAAGCCCUCCUCAAGUUAGCAUCACAGUCAAAGCUGCACCCGCGCUGCUUUGCUAUUUCGGAUCGCUUACAAUUGGAGGAGCACCCUGUUGCGGCGGGAUCGUUUGGUGAUGUGUGGAAGGGCGUGAUACACGGCAAGGCUGUUGCGGUCAAGAUCAUGAGAGUUUAUCUGGACCGCGAUGUCGAGGCAUUGCUUCAGGAAAUUUCUCAAGAGGGACUUAUCUGGCGCCAACUUUCACAUCCCAACCUGUUGCCCUUCUUUGGAGCGUAUCAUCUGGAGGGAACACUCGGCAGACUGUGUCUGGUCUCGCCUUGGAUGGAGAAUGGUGACAUCGCGCGGUAUCUCAAGACCGCGCCACCCACGGUGAACAAGCUGUCCCUUGUGCUUGAUGUGGCCCUUGGCCUUGAGCAUCUGCACUGUCUGAAACUCGUCCACGGUGACUUGAAAGCACUCAACAUCCUCAUCUCCCGUUCUGGCCGUGCAGUCCUUGGUGAUUUUGGUCUUUCCUCGGUCACCGACUCCAAGAUUUCUACCACGGGUUCUAUGCGGAAAACCGGAGGGACCGUUCGCUGGCAAGCACCGGAGCUGUUUCGAGGCAGUCCAAAUAGCUUCGCGUCGGAUGUGUACGCAUUUGCGUGUGUUUGCUACGAAAUCUUCACGGGCAACAUUCCGUUCUUCGAGUUGACCACGGACAUUGCUGUGAUGUUCCAAGUCAUCCAGGGCAACCGCCCCGAUCGCCCAAACACUAUUCCUGAUGCGUUGUGGAAACUGAUGGAGGAGUGCUGGGCCGCCAAUCCCUCAGACCGCCCCACGACGACCCAGUUGGUAUUUCGCCUUCGCGACAGUCCUAUAGGCGCGGUCCGGUCCGACCCGGCAAGGGACUGGGAUCCGUGGACAACCUCCAAAUUCAGGUCGUCGCUAGAAGAGCACACGUUGUUCUUGUCGUGCGGGGCAAUGGAGGACUGGCUUCAGUUUGUCCGGCGGGCUAAUUCGGGGGGUGCAAGUGCGAGGGAGGCGUUUCUUUCUGUGCGAAAUGCAAGUGCUGCUGCUCGCGUUGGUUGA